AUUACAGUACCGAGAAGAAGGUCAUCCCGGACUUUCGGACAAAAUCCAUAUUUUCCAAUACUUUGUGGCAUUUUCUUGUAGCUGGUAAAUUGUAUUAAUAACCAUGGAUGAAGUUGACCCUGUUGUGGAAAAGGCAGUUGCUGAAGUAGGUAUUACUCCAGUGAUUCUGGCAGUGGGUGACACCGGAGAGACUGGCAGUGGUGAUGCAAAGUAUAUCACUGCACAAUCUGCAGAUGGUGAAAGUGUCAUGCUGAUUUCUGAGGAUGCCAGAGGUGAUUCUGAAAUACAGGAUCAGGGUACUACUGGCGCUGUGUCUUACGUAACAGCUGUUGGUGACCAGGGAAAUGUGAUGCUACAGGUUGCAGGGGAUGAUGAUAAUACUGAGGACAAUCAGACUUAUAUCCUUACCACCGAUGAGGCUGGGGAUGUGAUACAGCAUAUUCAACAGGGUGAAGGCCAGGUUAUAAUGCAGGAUGCUGAUGCCUUGAAUGGUGAACCACAAGUGAUCCAUGUCCAGGCUGAUGGACAGACAGAAUUUGAUCUGUCUUCUGCACAGAUAGUGACAAUGAGAGGAGAGAGUGAUGGAACAACCCAGUACAUCACCCUGCCUACUUCACACAGUGGCCAAGUAUUCACACUUCCAGUGAAUCUGCCUGAUGGUACAACACAGACUCAGAUAAUCACAUUACCACAGGAGUAUUCUCAGUUACCCAGUAGUGGGGGACAAUUGGUUUUCUCAAUGCCAGAUGUAAGUGGGAAUCAGACAUCCCAAGUAAUUACAUCAAUACCGUCAAUGGAACAACCAAUUUAUUCACAAGCUGUUCCCUCUGCGGAACCAGUCAUAAAAACUACUCUAUCUUUCACUGAGUCGCCUGUAGGAAAGCUAACUACCAGCUCAAACAUCCGAAUGAAACCAAUCAGCAAACCACCGCCAAGGGUGAAGGUGGUUCAACCUCAGAAGAAAAAGGCGCCUCCUAAAGCGCCAAAGCCUCCGCCUGUACCACCUCCACCACCCAAACCUGAUCUGGAGAAUCCUAUUCAAUUAUCUGAUGAGACCAUUGUGGUUGUUGGCGGAAAGAAGUGUUUCCUGCGCUGUAACCCAGAUACAGGUGAAUUCAAGGCUUAUCCCGUGAAACAGGAGGUUCAACCAGGAAAGAGGAAAAGAGGACGUCCGAGAAAAGAAGAAAGGGAGUUUGACCCUCAUUUAGCCCUGUAUAAAGAGGACCAGCAAGCUCCAGAUGGAACCAGCAUCACCUUAGUUAAGAAAGGAGGCUGUGACACUGACCAGACAAAUAGUGCUGCUGAAGGGUUACUUGAGCUUUGCAAUGUUGGUCCCGAUGGUGUUCGUCGUAGUGCUAGAAGGAAGAAACAAGCCAGAGUAUUGAGUGAUUAUGAGUUAGGUGCUGUACUUAGUGAUGAGGAAACGGAAGACAUGAUUGUUGACGAUGGUGCUGUCGAAUAUGAAGAAGAAGACGGAGAAGAGGAUGAGGAGGAGAUUGCGGAAGAAGCUCCUCAACCAAAGAGGGGGAGAGGUCGACCGAGGAAGUAUAAUCUUGAUCCAUCCAUGUCGCCAGCCCUGGCACGGACGCCAUCUAACCCUGCACCACCUGGAGUGAAGCGUGGUCGUGGUCGGCCGCGAAGGAACCCAGCUCCAGUCCAUCAACCGCCAGACUACACGGGACCCAUUCCUGCCUUGAUCAUUGCCAAUGCUAAUGGUGGACAGACAAUCAUGCUGGCUCCAGGACAGAAUCUCCAGACCCUCCAAAAGCUUCCACCUCUCUUGCCAAAAUUGACGACUAACACGGAGGCAGGGAAAACCCCUGUACAUGUGGUAGUGCAGUCAAUGAUUCCAACUGUAACCCAGGAAGCCAACAGGACGGACUCGAUCCAGAGCCAGCCAAACGAUGUCACAUCUGAAAUUGAGGCUGCGUUGACGCAGAUUUGUCGCCAUGAGAAUCCUAGUGAUGAUGAAACAUUACAGGAAACAGAGGAGGCCGCUGUUGUCUUGGCGGCCGAGGGAGCUACGCAGGAGAUCAAAGUCGAACGAGUUGAAUCUCCUGAUAGCCAGUCAGUUGAAGAUGAUGACAAUGGUCAUGAUGCGGAACAAGAAGAUGGAGACCAGACUCAAGCAGAUGCCAAUAAUGCUGGCGGGGCAAGGAAAGGGAAUGAAAACAAUCUACCCGAAGGUGUCACAGCUGCAAUGGUACAGUUACCCCAGGAUAUGAUACCAACAUUUAAACCUGGCAAAACCCCACCAAUAAUACUUGGUCUUAAGGCAAAUGAGGACGACCUUAGUCAGUUGAGGUGUCCACGGUGUGAUUUCCAAGGUUAUUACCUGCAGCAGUACCAAGACCACUUGAGGGCUGCUCACGAAGCCGACCUGGAGAAAUGCAAAUGUUGUAACUUUGCCACGUUUGAGAAAGAAGACCUCAUGAAGCACUUCAAGGUAACUCACCCGAGGAACAUCUGUGCCGUCUGUGAGUUCACAGCUGAACAUGCCUAUGUUAUUAAGCGCCAUAUGAUGCGCCAUAAUGCCAAGGGCUGCGAAUGUGAACUCUGCGGUAGGACAUAUAAGGAUUCAUACAUCUUGAAGAUGCAUAUCAAGAUGGUACACAUGCCCGCUGAAGUGCUGUUUGAGUGUACAGUGUGUGCCAAAAAGUUCACGCGGAAGGCGCAUCUGAAACGCCACCUACGAAUACACGAUCCAGAAAAACCUUUCAAGUGUCCACAUUGUGAUUAUAGGGGCUGUGAGAAGUCUGAUAUUACAAAGCAUCUGCUGAUUCAUGAAGAACCGAAACAUUGCUGCGAAGUUUGUGGAAAAUCGUUUAGGCAUAUAAAAAAUAAGGAGCUUCAUUUGAAACGGCAUAAGGGCCAACGAGAUUACAAGUGUGGUGUGUGUGACUUCUAUGGCUACACGUUCACAGACAUCAGGAAACAUAUAGAGAGGAAGCAUUCUGAGAAUAGGAUCAUUGCCUGUGAAAAAUGUGGCUCAACAUUCAAGUCAGAAAUUAUGCUCAGGGAACACCAGAAGCGUACCUGUGAUCUAUUGAUGAUUGAACAAGCAAUAGCGGCAGCAGCAGCCAACCCGUCAGGGCAGACGUCAAUCGUGGAAGUCCCAGGCAUCCCCUUGUCUGAGAUGGGCCAAGUGUCUAUCGAUGGAUCUCAAGUUAUCUCAGUGGAGAAUAUUAGGAUGCCAGAUGGUUCUAUGGUCAGCCUUGCUGAGGCGCAGCAUCUGACCGAAACACAGCUUGAAGCACAACAAAUAGCAGUGAGUGAAAUCCAGCAGAUUGACCCAUCUGAGGUUGAAAUGGUGACGCAUAUCUCUGUCAGCCAGGGCCAGAUAAUCGACACCUCGACACUGAGUAUGGCUGAUCCGAAUGCGUUAGCGGGAACGCGCAUCUCCUCGUCAGACAUUGUAGACAGUGCCGUCCAUAUUGUGGAUAUCAACGAUACUACGGACCCAGGUGGUCAAGAUCUGGAUGAAGGGGAAAAUGAGGAAAUUGAACACAUUGAUGGGGUGAUUCAGGAGGGGCAAGGGGUGAUUCGGGAGGGUGCCGAAAUUCAUGAAGGAAUUCGGGACGGUGCAGAAAUUCAGGGCCGCGUGAUUCAGGUGUCGGGCAAGGAUGGACAGAUUCACCAUCUGGUUUUGCAGGAGGGCGGAGAAAUACAUCAAGUGAUACGAGAGGAUGGGCAGUUUCACCAAGUGAUUGGGGAGGGUGGGCAAGUUAAUCAAACGAUUGAAGAGGGUGGGCAAAUUCAUCAAGGGAUUGAAGACGAUGGUGAAGAAAUUCACCAAGAAAUAGACAAAAGUAGUGAAACUGCGGAAGGCUUUGAAGAGGGUCCGAACGAGAUCGAAAAUCACGAACUUCAGGACAAUACGCCUCAGGUCAUGAAGUUCUCACAGUUACAUCAAAUAGCUGAAGUCAUUACUAAAGAACAGGAAGGAGACGAACAGGUGUAACGUGCAGUGUUGUCUUCCUAUAACUUUUACUGCAUAAACCCCCAAAGUUUUGCACUUUCAGCAUGAAAAAAAGGUGUGGCAAAAAAGCUCUGUACACAGCAGCAGAUUCGGGAGGAGGCCUAGGGGUUGGCGGUGCCAGAGAUCCUUGAAAGUGAUCAAGAAUUAUUAUAGUUGACCCUAUGUUUUAAAGCCAUCAGGCUCCCCCUCUUUUUCAGUGAUGUCAUGUUUUUCUUUAGACCCCCUGGAUCACCUUGUGUCGAUCCAUUUUUGUCCAAAUGCAAAUAAGUACCAGUCUUAUGAUCCUUUCUUUUAUGAUUUGAAAAAAAGAAUAGUAAAGUAGUUGUUUACAGAUUGGUUUUCAAGUGGGUAGACCUUCCUAGUCAUGAAAAUAUUUGAUUCAAGUGCCUGGACAAAUGUUCUUGUUGUGUCUAAAAGUAAAAUGCUACGACUGCCAAAUUGCAAUGCAAGAACACCCACUGCAUUCCAUAAGAAAAAUAUUUCUCUUAAAAAAUGUAUGCACGAAUGCCGAUUCAAUGUGGAGGAGGGGAUUGGCAGAGGGUAAUUGGCACCCAUAACGGAAUAUUUGUGUCAGUUAGCGUUACUAAAAAAAUGCUGGAUUCAUGAUACUUUUCGUGACAAGGAUUCGACCAAAAGAAAGCCAGUUCAAUGUGGAGGAGGGAAUUGGCAGAGGCUAAUGGACUCGACCAAAAGUAAUCGGUGUGGUGACAAGUGUUAUUGUAGUUAUAUCACCAGCUGCUAUCACCAAAGGGCAGAGGGAGGUUAUUGAAACCUUCCUGCAUGUUUUAGUGCAAGUCAUAGAGGCAGUUCCCCACCCCCCAAUAAGAAAGAAGUUUGACCUGUCAAAUAGUGUUGUCUGGUGCCAUUGUCACAGAUAAACAGCAAGCCUUUCCCAUUCAUAAUCAUAUCUUGAGUCUCAAUUCACAUAUUACCAUCAUCUCAUGAUCUAGGUUUGUCUAGUGUUAUGUAAAGAACUCAAUAACGCCUACACUUUGACCUUAUCUUCAGCUUGUUUUUCAUGUCUAGAGAAUUUCAAGAGCCUGCUUGUACUGAGUACCGAGUGUGAUGUGAAUGAUGGCUACCACAUUUUAUGGGGUUAUAAAUGUUAUGUGAAUAAUUGAUUGAAUGAAACUUUUAAAAGGUGAAUAUCUGAUAAGUAAUAAAUAUCGCCGUGUCUUCCAAUUGGAUCAUCAUAAAAGACGCCACAGUGAUAUUUUUUACGAAUUUGUUGGUCUACCCACAUAAAAAGCUGUGUUCAAAUUGUGAAUGUCCAGUUAAAAUGCUUAUUGCAACAUGGUCAAUGUUCGGGAAGCGUAAAAAAUACUGAUGAAGUGUUGUAAGUGUGAUUGUUUUCUCCAAUGUUGAGCAAGCCCAUUGAAGCUGUUCGAUUACCUGAAUUAAUACAUCUCUAUUUUCUAUUGAAUUUGGCAUCUUAUUUCAAGAAAAAUAAUAUGGUCCAUAAUCACUUUGUAAUUCAGAUGAUUGUUUUAAAUCUGAGUCGUUAUUUCCUUCCGGGUUCAAACAAUAGGUGUUAGUCAUUAUGGGAGGCGGCCUCCCAAACAAUAUACCUGAAUAGGAUGUCGUGGUAGUAGUUGGGUGCAGUUAUUCAUGCAUUUACACAAGAUUGUACAUGAAUGUACAGUCAAUCGUGGUCAACUUAUUGUGAUGCUGAUGUAAAAAUUAGGAUAUGAUUCAGUAAUAUCCUGUGUUAAUCACCUUUAUCCCAUUCAGGUUUCGGGUGGGGUAAAAUGACUUAAAAUUAAGGGGAAUCAACACCUUUUUGGUUGAUGCUGUUUUGUUAGACCUGUCAUUAUUUAUGAAAUUUAUGAAAAUUUCUAUAAUCUUACACCAUUCAACUAAUCACACAAUACAUGCAUUUUAAAAACUUAUGUUCAAAUUAAGUUUGGUAAUAUAUAUGGGACAAAAAUAAGUAGGACAAAUUUUGAAACCGAACAAGCAAAGUUGAAUGAUGAGCUUCCUUCAAAUGUUAUUCCUUAAAGGGACACUAUAGGCAGCAGCUAGGUAGGCAGGUUAAAGUUACACAAAGUUGCCAAUAGGGUCUCUCCAAUCCCAUAAUGCACAAAACAUUUCACACAUGUACGAAGAAUAUAUUUAGUGCCAAAUUAAACAUGACCCAGUGGCAUUACUGUGCAUAUUAUUCACUCGAAGAUGAUCAAUCCUGCCUAUAGUCCCCCUUUAACAAAUGUAGAUUGAUUGACUGUAAAAUCAGUCAGGAGCUGUCAUCACUCAAUAUAGGCCAUGGGACGAGUGGCAAAAAUGUGUCUAGAAAAAGGAUUCCGUUUGACAAAUUAGCGGGC